UGAAACACGAAUCGUUCCUGUACUUCAAGUUGAAAAGCCAACCCAAUAUCGUCCCAUGGGGUGUGAAUAAUGCUCACACUAACACAAGAGAAUUUAUGCUUCAUAUUUUUUGCACUUUUCUAUUUCAUAGGUAACGACAGAGAGCGCGCGGUAUAUUUUAUGGACAUGUAUUUUACUCAUUGCUGGAACAGGCAGACACGCCAUACGCUACAGACUGUAAACCAGUACAUCUUUACUACUCGACCAAUGUAGACGGAAAAAAACUCCGGGAGAAAAAUCGAAUACGCGACCGCGGUACGCACUGUGAAAAAUUAGAAAAGUGAUCAGUUUUGUUACUGGCGCUUGUUUCGCGAGGAAAUCAGAAAUCUGAAAAAGAUUUAUUCUGCAUCAAGUUGCAUCGAGAUAAUACAUCAUCAAAUCAUUCCAAAAAGAGUCGUAACGUGCCGCAUCCCGUCAAUCCUUUUAAGAAAGAAGCAUGGCAUGGCGAUUUAAGGCUUCCAAAUAUAAGAACGCAGCUCCGAUCGUGCCAAAGCCGGAAGUAUGUAUCCGGGACAUCUGCGUAGGUUCAUACCAAACGUACGGCAAUAAUAUUGCUGCAUCUGCUGCGUUCAUUGCCUUCAACUGGGAACAUGUCGGAUCUAGUUUGGCCGUUCUACCAAUCGAUGACUGUGGACGGAAGAGCAAAACUAUGCCACUGCUGCAUGCUCAUUCGGACACGGUAACUUAUUUGGACUUUUCUCCAUUCCACGAUGGCUUGUUGGCUACAGGGUCACAAGAUUGUCUAGUGAAGGUUUGGCACAUUCCGGAAAAGGGUUUAGAAAAUUCAAUUUCAAAUCCCGAGUGCACUUUUUCUACUAAACAAAGACGGGUAGAGACGGUGGGAUUUCACCCAACAGCAGAUUGUUUGCUCUAUUCUACGGCGGUUGGAUGCGUUAGUUUAUGGGAUCUUACAUGUCAGCAGGAAUCGUUUUCAAACAAUCAGCAUCCUGAAGUUAUACAAUCACUUAGUUGGAAACAAGAUGGCAAGGUAUGUGCAACCAGCUGCAAAGACAAGAUGAUUCGUAUAUUGGAUCCUCGAGCCGAGUCACCAAUCGUAAUGAUUGCCGAAAGCCAUCAAAGCAUCAAGGAUUCUCGAGUAGUUUGGCUUGGCAAUCAAGACCGCAUUCUAACAACAGGGUUCGAUGCGGCUCGCUUAAGGCAGGUUAUAAUUCGUGACGUACGGAAUUUUUCUGUUCCGGAAAAGACUCUGGAAUUGGAUUGUUCCACUGGUAUACUUAUGCCGUUAUAUGAUCCUGAUACAAACAUGUUGUUCUUGGCGGGGAAAGGAGAUACAACAAUUACCUAUUUGGAGGUAACAGAUAAAGAUCCUUAUUUGAUUGAAGGAAUUAGACACUCUGGUGAGCAGACAAAAGGUGCUUGCUUAGUACCGAAGAGAGCACUACGAGUGAUGGAAGGUGAAGUGAAUCGUAUUAUGCAGUUAACAUCCAACUCUGUAAUACCAAUAAUGUACCAAGUGCCGCGAAAAUCCUACCGAGAUUUUCACGGAGAUCUCUACCCAGAUACAAAUGGAUACAAAACCGAACUGACAGCAUCUCAGUGGCUUAAUGGAGUGAACCAGGCCGUAUCUAAAAUAAGCCUGGACCCAGCAAAGCGUGAGCUUAACGAUCAACCAAUCGUUAUUUUAAGAGGUAACCUACAUGAAGUAGUCAAAAACAUUGCCAACAAAUCGAAAAACGCAGCUAACAUCAUCAGUUGCACGGCAGACAAAAUUGAUAAGACCUCAAUUGUCAAACCCACUUUUGUUCCAAUCAAGGAUAAGAUCAAACAGAUGGAGCAGCAGUCGCAUAGUGAGAAGAGUGAAUUCGAACAAAGGUUCAAAGAAGUCACCUCAAACAGAGAUAAUAAAAACGCCGAAAACGCAAAUACUGUGAUUGAACCGAAUUCAUGUUAUGACACGGAAAAUAAUGGAAACCAUCAAAAUAAAUCUAGUCAGGAUGAUGAUAGAAGCCUGGAGGAACCGGAUCAACCAGGUGAGGUAACCCCUCCGAAACCAUUGCCAAGAACCUCAAGAAACAAUUCGGUGUCGGACCAACUUUCCGUAGUCAGCGAUGAAAUACCCGUUGUUCCGGCGCCUCGUCCAGUCGCUAGACCAAGGACAACCGCUACAGGAUACAAGCCUCGUCUCGGUCCGAAACCGUUUUGUAGUACGGGUUCUUCGAGUGAGUUUUCCUUCGACAAGGUGUUCAAUGUUCCACAGGCUCCAGGAUUAGAUGGAUUAGAGUUGGUAAAAGAUUCGAAUGAUAAUACUCAAGAGAACAGUCUAUCCUUGAACGGAAGUUCCGAAGAGACCCACGAAAAUGGAAACUGUAAAGAACCAGAAGUAUUGCCAGAUGUUGUAGAAGAAAUUUCGCUGCGAUCAAAAACUUCCGAUGACGAGGAUAAGCCUCGUAUAAUAUCUACUGCCGAACGAAGAAAGUCAGGGGAUCGCGAAAAGGUUUUUGAAUCAAGGGCUUCCACUGAAUCUGAAGAUCAAUUCGAUGCUGCCGCGGAUGAUAAAGUAAAUCAGUUCGAACGCUUAACUGGUCAGCGAACUAGCAUAGCUGAACGCCGAAGAAUUUACGAGAAUCGUUCACAGAGUGUACAGGAGGAAAAAGCGGCAUCGCCUGUUGCCCUAAGACGACGCGACUCGUUGAAGUCUCGCGGUGAACAGAAAAACGACGAGGAUGCCAUAUCUCCUCCUCCAAGUGUAGAAUUAAUUCGUAAUCGAAGUGAUCUUUCGAGAGAAAACCUUCCGGUGGAUAUAAAUAAGAGAAACAAUAGUAAUAAUUCGGCAAAUACUACUUCCAAACGUACUUCAACGGUGUUCGGUCGAGUUUCCAAGUUUAGACAUUUGAAGGGAACUCCUGGACAUAAAACUACGCAUAUCGAGAACAUUCGUAAUUUAAGUCGGCAGAUUCCUGGUGAAUGUGAUGGUUUCCAAGCAAAUUCAGAGCGUGUGGCGGUGCCAAUUUCCGGGGCUGGUGGCAAAAUUGCGAUAUUCGAAUUGAACAAGCCAGGGCGUCUUCCGGAUGGAGUAAUUCCUUCCCUAGUCAAUGGAAGCAACAUCAUGGAUUUUCAGUGGGACCCGUUCGAGAACAAACGACUAGCUGUUGCUUGCGAUGAUGGACUUGUUAAAAUUUGGUCCAUUCCCGACGGUGGUUUAACGGAACCAACAAAUGAGCCUGAAAAAGAGUUAGUAGCACACUCAGAUAAGAUCUACUUCAUCCGAUAUCAUCCCUUAGCCAGAAAUGUAUUCCUGACUGCAAGUUAUGACAUGACUUUAAAAAUUUGGGACCUUAAUACCUCUACGGAAAAAUAUUGCUUGAAGGGGCACACUGAUCAAAUUUUCAGUUUUGCGUGGAGCCCUUGUGGGACGUAUGGUGCUACGGUAUCGAAAGACGGAAAAAUUCGAAUCUAUAAUCCUAGAAAAUCCGAGAACCCAAUCCGCGAGGGAAACGGACCGGUUGGCACACGUGGCGCUCGUCUCGUGUGGACGAUUGAAGGGGAAUACAUUGUUGUAACAGGAUUUGAUAAGGUUUCUGAACGACAAAUAUACGUAUACAAAUCCACCGAUCUUAGUGCUCCGCUCGGUAUGGUUGGAUUAGACGUGUCCCCUGCUAUUUUGAUGCCUUUCUACGAUGAAGAUAGCUCUACAAUUUUUGCUACGGGUAAAGGUGAUUCCACCAUUUACUGUUUUGAGAUAACCGAAGAAUCGCCUUUUAUAUGCCCACUUUCUCAUCAUCGAUGCCCGUCACUUACACAGGGACUUAGUUUCCUUCCUAAGAAUCAGUGCGAUGUCGCAUCAGUUGAAUUUGCCAAAGCACAAAGACUAACGAACGGCACUGUAGAGCCAUUGAGUUUUACUGUGCCACGAAUCAAGAGUGAAUUGUUCCAGGACGACCUGUUUCCGCCAACGCGGGUUCUGUGGGAGCCCAGCCUCAAUGCAUCUGACUGGUUUGCUGGUAAAGACAAGCCAGCUCCAAGGAUCAGCCUACAACCGGAAGGAAUGGAAUCUUUAUCUUCCAUUCAACCGAUCGUUACGACACCAACACCGGUGAAAAAAGCCGACAACAUUAAUCAGAUCAUUGGGCAGCAGACGCAAUUCAAUAAAGCGUGGAGUGCAGAUCUAGUACGGUCGAAGCAAGAUGAGAUUAAGAACUCGGUCAGCGCGCGCAUGCCAAUGAAUCGUAAACUGGAGCAGGAUGACAUGGAAGGAGUGGAUGAGAAGGAAUGGGAAGAGUAGAAAAAAUAACAUGUCAUUUCCACAUUAUCAAAAUUUUAGCAAUGCAAGUAUUGCCUGCAACUGAGAUUUUUUCAAACCAGGUUUGCACUCAGCAAAAAGUAUUAUGAUGGAAAUACUUCAGUUUCACUAACACCUAUUAAUGAAUGAAACAUUCUUUGAUCGCAUCAUCGUAUUUGGUCCUUAGUUUUCAUUCAUCGAUGUUUUCAUAUUGUGUACACUUUAUAUAUGUACGCUAAUACUAACGAUAGUAUUUGUAAUAUUUUACAACAGUCUAACAUUAUGAAUGUGUACUACUUAUAGAGAAGUAAUUUUGGAACAGCUUAAAUUUUUAUUGUACUUGAUUCGUUCUAAGUUCUAAGGGAACGAAAAAUCGAAUUCUAUAACAAGAUUUUGUAAGAUGUACAAUAAAAAAAUGCCACUAGAAAACUUUUCAGUAGAAUUUUAUAUGCAUCAUCACGCAACGAUUGCGGUAACAUACAAAACAUAGAUAAUAAAUAAGGAGUUGGCAUUAUUAGAAGGAUGAUUUCAAAACAAACACUAGGACGACAGAGCAUAGAGUUUCAUGUUGUAACUAUCCAACUGCCAAUCUUUGACCAUGACAUACAAAUUUUCGCUAUGAUAUGUACACCGUGAAGUAUUUCGCAACACAAGACAAAACUUCAUUUACACUUUGAAUGGAAGAAUUGCCGUUUCGGAAUGUGUAAUUCCACGUAUCUGGCAAAUAAUAAACAAAUAUACGCAUUCUAAAUUUUGAAAAUGUUAGGUUCGUUAAGUGGAUUGGAUGCUAGUCAAAUAAUGAUGCUCAAAUCAACAGUAAGUCUAUAAAUAAUACAAACUCAUGAUAAUGAUGCUUAUAACGCGUAUUUCGCUUAGUAGACUUGUAUAAUCGUAGGAUGGAAUCAUUAAAAGCAAAACGGUAGGCGAAAGCUCUCUGAAGACGCACAAAUGUAUAAUUUUAAUCAACGGACAAAAUAACUUCUGAUUCAUAUAUGACAAGAAAGAAGAACAAGAAAAACAAAACGGCAAAUAUUAAUUUUACUAAAACACUCCGUGAAAUAAUUGUGAUGAUUUCUUCAAUUGGAAUAUGCAAUGAGUGCUUUGUUUAGUUAAGAAUGACAAAUAAAUGUGAGUGUGCCAUCGAUAGAAAUAUAUUUUUUCAUAAUUUUGUUACUUUUUAUAUAUUAACAUAUAUAUAUUUUAAAUUGGUACUUGUCGUAAUCGUUUUUGAGUGUCAUCAUUUCAGUUUUUGGUGAAUGCGACCCUUCCAUAUCUCAUAUUGGUUAUAAAGUAUUUUUAUAACUCAUAUGAUGUUUGUUGUAAUAACAAUCUUUAUUUUCCAUCAACAUUUCUGAAUAAGUAAUAAUUGUAAAUACUAAAACCCACUUCACAAAAAAAUCUACGCGGUAAGUGCUAUGAAUGAGAAUCCUUUUAACUGUGAAAUCGAACGUACGGAUCUGGCCGUGAUACUAGCGUCCUAUCCUCUACAUCAUCGAGCACACAAAACAAUAUUACUAUUUUUUUUCAAUACUAGAGUUUACUUUAACUAGUGAUUCAAGUUUCAUAGACUGAAAUUGAAAUGUUUUAAUUCGACAAAAUAAAUUACAAUUUACUACCUAUAAAAAUGACAAAUACAGCAAUCAGCUUAAAUUAUUAUUCAAUCAACAAUUGGCUGUGGAAAGUGUUUUAAUUUUUUAUCUGAAAUUAUUGUACAUUUAGAAUUCUAGAAAGUGUAAAAGAUUUGCCAAUUAUUUCCUUCCAGGAAUGUUGUUAGAAAUUAAAGACUAACAUAUAUAAGUAAUAAUAGUUAUGGAUCCUGUCUAAUGGUAUACAUUCAUGCAUAAUUAUCAGAAACAAAUGCACUCCUGCGCAAUAUAAUGAAUUACAUAAUUAUUUCCACCAUGGAUAUUCAGAAUAACAUCAUCGAGUGAUUGAAAACGUGAUUUCUUUUGCAACAAGCAUUAAUAUUAAUAUGAUAUAAAAACUCUACCGUUAUCUUAUCUAGGUAUGAAGUAAUCUAAACAGAAAUUUAGGUAAAAUUUUGAUUUCAUGCGUCUUAUAUAAAGUUCGUAUUUUCUUAUAAUUCUGAGGAAAUUGAUUAAUAAUUCGUAUAACAUUUGCAUAUAUACCGAAAAUUUCAAGGUCGUAUUUGAAAUUACGAUUGAAGGUAGCAUUUCGAAAUGAUCAUAAAAACAGUAAUAGGAACGAAACAACAAUAUGCAUGCAGCAUUUAGUGCUUAGUGACGCGGCAUCGUGAAAAAAAAUGAUAUUGAUAUAAAA